AUGUCAAGCACCACUACUGAUUGGAUUGCUAUGCAAUUCAAUACUGCUAGUUGGACAGUUAAUCAAAUUCAAAUUCAUAGUAAAGAUAGACAACUUAUAGCAAUGUUAAAAGGUCAAAUUACUUUAUUAAUCACAACAACAUGGCCCUAUGUUGCUGUGAUGAUUUACACUGUAUUGACAAAGAAUAUCCCACCAUCGAAUAAGUCAACCGCACGUAAUGCAAUUGAAGCAUUCGCUCUUACAUUUAGUACAAGUUUUUUUCUUUAUUUAUUUAAUGCAGUAAGCGUUGGAAAAGCGAAUUUAGAAAUUCUUGUUUGA